UAGAGUGGUAUUGUUAUCGUCACUGCUCACUAGUAGCUGUGUGCAGUCUGAUUGAAGCUAAAAAAGAAUGUGGAGAUUGAAGAUAGGAGAGGGCAGCAAUGACCCUUACCUCUUUAGUACAAAUAACUUUACCGGAAGACAAACAUGGGUGUUUGACCCUGAGGCUGGUACACCAGAAGAGCGAGCUGAGGUUGAAGAGGCUCGUCAAAAUUUCUAUAAGAAUCGACAUCAAGUCAAGGCCAGUAGUGAUCUUCUCUGGCGAAUGCAGUUUUUGAGAGAGAAAAACUUCAAACAAACAAUUCCGCCAGUAAAGAUUGAGGAUGGAGAGGAAAUCACAUAUGAAAAGGCCACAACUGCAUUGAGGAGGGCUAUUAGUUUUUUUGCAGCCUUGCAAUCUAGUGAUGGUCAUUGGCCUGCUGAAAAUGAUGGUCCCAUGUUCUUCCUCCCUCCCUUUGUAAUAUGUUUCUACAUUACUGGACAUCUUAAUAUUGUAUUCCCCAUUGAGUAUCAAAAAGAAAUCCUUCGUUACUUGUAUAAUCAUCAGAAUGAAGAUGGUGGAUGGGGACUUCACAUAGAAGGUCAUAGCAUCAUGUUUUGCACGGCUCUCAGCUACAUUUGUAUGCGUAUACUUGGGGAAGGACCUGAUGGUGGUAAGGACAAUGCUUGUGCAAGAGCACGAAAGUGGAUCCUUGAUCAUGGUAGUGUAACACACAUACCUUCUUGGGGAAAGUCCUGGCUUUCGAUACUGGGUGUGUUUGAAUGGAUUGGAAGCAACCCAAUGCCCCCAGAAUUUUGGCUCCUUCCUUCAUUUCUUCCUUUGCAUCUAGCCAAAAUGUGGAUCUACUGUCGGUUGGUGUACAUGCCUUUUUCAUACUUAUAUGGAAAAAGAUUUGUAGGGCCAAUCACACCUCUUAUUCUUCAAUUAAGGGAGGAGCUCUACACUCAACGUUACAGUGAAAUUAAUUGGAGAAAAAUGCGUCAUCUAUGCGCAAAGGAGGAUCUCUACUAUCCCCAUCCUUGGAUACAAGAUAUGCAAUGGGAUAGUCUAUACAUAUUGACUGAGCCUCUUCUUACUCGUUGGCCCUUCAAUAAGUUAGUCAGAGAGAAAGCUCUUCAAGUAACAAUGAAACAUAUUCAUUAUGAAGACGAGAUCAGUCGAUACAUUACCAUUGGAGUUGUGGAAAAGGUGAUAUGUAUGCUUGCUUGUUGGGUUGAAGAUCCGAAUGGGGAUUAUUUCAAGAAACAUCUUGCUAGGGUGAAAGAAUUCAUAUGGAUUGCUGAAGAUGGAAUCAAGAUGCAUAGUUUUGGUAGUCAAUUGUGGGAUACUAGCUUCACUAUUCAAGCUCUUCUUGCUAGUGAUCUCAUUAAUGAAAUUGGACCGGUAUUGGCGAGAGGGCAUGACUUCAUAAAAAAAUCUCAGGUCAAGGACAAUCCUUCUGGAGACUUUAAAAGAAUGUAUCAUCAUAUUUCAAAAGGAUCUUGGACUUUUUCUGAUCAAGAUCAUGGAUUACAAGUUUCUGAUUGCACCGCUCACAGUUUGAAGUGCUGCUUGCUUUUCUCAACAAUGCCAUCAGAGGUUCUUGGUGAAAAAAUGGAACUUGAGAGGUUGUUUGAUUCUGUAAAUAUUCUACUUUCCUUACAGAGUAAAAAUGGUGGUUUGCCAGCCUGGGAGCCUCCAAGAGCCGGGGAUUGGUUAGACCUACUUAAUCCCAUAGAAUUCUUGGAGGAUAUUGUUGUUGAGCAUGAGUAUGUUGAGUGCACUGCAUCAACAAUCCAAGCUUUGGUUUUGUUUAAGAAGUUGCACCCAGGGCAUAGGACGGAAGAGAUUGAUAGUUCCAUUCGAAAUGGUAUUAGCUACAUUGAAAACACACAACUGCCUGAUGGUUCAUGGUAUGGAAGUUGGGGAAUUUGUUUUAUCUAUGGUACAUGGUUUGCACUAGGUGGAUUGGCUGCAGUUGGUAAGACUUACCACAAUUGUCCUACUGUGCGCAAAGCAGUUGACUUUCUACUUAGUACACAAAAAAAUAAUGGUGGUUGGGGAGAGAGCUAUCUUUCAUGCCCAAACAAGGAAUAUGUACCACUUGAAGGAAAUCGGUCAAAUUUGGUACAGACUGCAUGGGCAAUGAUGGGUCUUAUUCAUGCUAGACAGGCUAAAAUAGACCCGACACCACUUCACCGCGCGGCAAAGUUGAUAAUCAAUUCUCAAAUGGAAGAUGGAGAUUUUCCUCAACAGGAAAGCACUAGAGUCUUCUUCAAGAACUGCAUGUUACACUAUGCAGCAUAUCGAAAUAUCUUCCCAUUGUGGGCUCUUGCAGAAUACCGCAAGUGUAUCCCAUUGCCACCAAAAGUUAUGUAACCAACCGCUAUAAGAGCAGCAUAGCGAGUUGUUAAUUCCUUAUCUAUUCUAUACUACCUACUUUUCUCUUAGUUCUUGCCCACCAAGACUGUUUCUUUGCAGCUAUUGAUGGAUGAAAGUUUAUUACAGCCACUUGAAUAAU